UACAUAAUUAUAGAACGCGAAUGUUACCAAACCUUCGGUGGUUGCAAGAUGAAGAUUCUAAUUGUUGGUUUUUUGAAAACUGGGACCAAAAGUAUGUGCCAAGCAUUGAGAAUUCUGGGCUACAAUGUAUCGGAACAUGGAAGAAACUUUGAGGAGUUAUAUGAAGAUUGGAUGGAAUUUCUGCAAGGCAAAGGAAACUUUGAAGAUUUACGUAAAAUGUUUAGAGGUUAUGACGCUACAAGUGACACGUUAGUUUUAGCUUAUUGGAAAGAGUUUCUUAAAGCAUUUCCAGACAUUAAGUUGAUUCUCACUAUACGCGACGAUAAAUACGAAUGUGCGAAGUCAUUCAUCAACCAAUAUACCAAGUACAAUGAAUCGGCAUUUUCAUUUCCACUUUCCGUCUUUUCAUUGAAGGCUAGACGUUGGUGGGACCUGGAAAGGGACUCUGUUGCAAAGUUCUGCAAACCGCCUUUCGAGAUAAAAGGAUAUGAAAUAUGUAAAAAAAUUCCUAUUCUGGACCAAGAUCAGUAUGCAAAAUAUUACGAAGACCACAAUAACGAUGUGCUAGAGAAUGCACCUCGAGACCAAUUGCUCAUCUUCAAUGUUAAAGAAGGGUGGGAUCCGGUAUGCCAGUUCUUGGGGCACGAAUUACCAGAUGUGCCGUUUCCACAUGAGAAUAAGAAUGGAUCGACAACGGCACACCGUCUAAAGCAUGAUUCGUAUGUGGAAGAAAUGUACACCGAAAUGUAUUUUACUCUCGCAUUAUUAGCUUUGGUCAUUACCAUUGUUGCUGCGUAUUUGUGGUAUUAAUUUUCCAUUUCUGCUUCCUGUAUAUAUCGUUAUCUCUCAUAUACCUCUUAUUAGCAUUGAUCCUCUAUUCCAGGGUGGUCCAAGGUUGUGGGCUCCGCGGGCCGCAAUAGUACCAAGGUAAACAGUGCAAUACAAAACAAGUACUUUUAUUGUGCAAACACAUAGUUAUCACGUAGGCAUUGCCAACCUAGGCUAAUAAAAUCCGCAUCCGAUGUUUAGUUUUCUAUAAUGCCUAUAUUGUUAGCAUAUAUUCCCGACCAAAACGAUAGGAAUCCAGGUAACAAUUUAGACUGCCCGCCCAUCACAUAUUAACUUCGGUAGUUGCUUCAGCUAGCCAUCAUACUAUAGUCAAUUCAGUCACAGUGGUGAUAUAACAGCAAUAUGUCAAACGAUUUUUCUGAUUUAUUUUAUGAGAAGCAAUUUAAAAUACAAUAUUCUGAUUACUCUCCGCGAGUGCGGCGCCGGCCACAGAUAAUGGAGCGGCGGGCCACAUGUGGCCCGCGGGCCUGGGUUUGGACCACCCUGGGCUAGAUACUGUGCAAAAAAAUCUCAAAUUUUUCAUUUAAGUUGAUCAAAUGAAAACAUGGAAUAAUUUUAGAUUUUGAAGUGAAAACAGCCAUUCGUUCAUAUGAACAAGGUGUCGUAUUACCGUAACUCUAAUACUGUAUAGUAGAGUUGCCUCCAAUUUGUUGUCAAUUGUAAAUGAUUUAUUUAUUUUUUGUUCAUAUAUAUCAUGCAGUUUAGGCCCUCGGAACCUCAAAUAUGUUCGUGUGCCUCCGAGUUGGAAUUUACUAACCCAGAAAA